AAACCCAUGCCGAUAUUAUAUGAUGCGAUGAAACCAUGCCUUCGAUUUAUUUGGCACAAAAUAUAAAUGAAUGUCAAAAAAACUUGUUUAACGAAAAAAACUUGUUUAACGAAGUAUUGUGUGAUUAAUUAACGCAUCCGAUUAACAAUUUUAAUAAUCCUAAUAGCGCACUAUCUUUUAUAUAUAAAAAAUUGAAGAAAUCGUGGUACAUUACUUACAGCAAUGUCUAUAGUACAAAGGAAGCGAAAAAAGGAGCAUAAUAGACAAAACAAUCUAAAGAAUUGGAAAACCACUGAUAUUAGUAAUGAAAUUCAAGAUUGUUUUUCUUUGGAAGGAUUUAUGGGAUUAGAUGAGCUAACAGAUUAUAAUGAAGAAGAUAUUAAAGCACUAAUUGUUCAUCCAAAAAAAAAGAAAAAGUCCACACCUUCAAGUCCUGAUUUUAAAGAAGAGCUUCAAGUUUCAAAUUUAUUAAAUUUGAAAAAACAGAAUAAUCAAAAAGGUAAAGAGAAAAAAAAAGCAACUACUGAAAAUGAUUUCAUUAACUUAACUUCUCUGUCAAAAAACUCAAUAAAUGAUACUUUUUUAACAGAGGAACCUAAUUUACUAAAAGACUCACCUCAAUCAAAUAAGAAAGAGACAAAUCAGUCAUCAAAUGAAUUGUUAUCUAAGCUUUCAAAAAAGGAAAGUCGUAAAUUGAAAAGAAAAAUUACUUUUAAAUUGAAACUGAAAGAAAGAAGAAAAAAGUUAAAGGAAUUAAAACGAAAACAAAAAGCAAGUGACACUAAUAAUGAGAAUAAUAAUAAUCAAAAUAGUCUCAAUGAAAGUCACGACAGUUGUAAUAAAAAACAAUUUAGCAGUAAACCAGUUGAGGCAAAUUUUAGUGAAGGAAAUGUUAGUGACUGGUUAGGACUUGGAGUUCCAACUAAAGUGUUACAAGCAAUAAGUGAAAUGAAAUUUCGUAGUCCAACACCAAUUCAGAAAGAAACAUUACCUCAUGCAAUUUUUUUCAAAAAAGAUAUAAUAGGAGCUGCUGAAACAGGUUCAGGUAAAACAUUAGCGUUUGGGAUUCCUCUUAUCACUAAUAUUAUGGAGCUUAAAGAAAAUUAUAAGAAAAAACAUUUGAAUGAUUUAAAUGUAAAAAAAGACAACCCUUUGUUUGCACUGAUUUUGACUCCAACACGUGAGCUUGCUAUACAAAUACAAAAUCAUUUAAAUUGUAUUGCUAAGUAUACAGAUUUAUCUUGUUUUGCUGUUGUUGGAGGUUUGGCGCAACCUAAACAAGAACGAUUGUUGAGUAAGUUUCCUGAAAUAGUGAUUGGAACACCUGGUCGACUUUAUAAAUUAAUUAAGGAUGGUGAUCCACACUUAAAUAAAUUUGAAUCUAUAAAGUUUCUUGUUAUUGAUGAAUGUGAUCGAAUGUUAGAAUUCGGACAUUUUAAAGAGUUAGAGGAGCUUAUGUGCAUCAUUAAUAGCUCUCAAAAUAGAAGGCAAACAUUUGUAUUUUCUGCUACUUUAACUCUUCCUGUAAAACAUAAAAUUUAUUCAAAGAAGAAUGAAGUAACGCAAAUGCAACAACUCGUUGACAAAAUUGGUUUAAAUCAUAAAGCGAAGGUAAUUGAUUUAACAACAAAACAAGUUACAGCAUCAUUGUUGCGACAAAUCAAAGUAAUUUGUAUGAAUGACGAAAAAGAAAUAUAUUUAACUUAUUUUUUAAUGUCACAUCCUGGACGAACAAUUGUGUUUGUCAAUAGUAUUUCUCUGACUAAAAGAUUAAGUUCUUUGUUUACCUUAUUAAGAUUAGAACCAAUAGUGUUACAUGCAGGUAAACAACAAAAACAACGUUUAAAAUGUCUUGAAAGAUUUUCUAGUAGCGAAAACGGAUUGUUGUUUGCUACAGACGUUGCAGCCCGUGGUCUUGAUAUCCCUAAAGUCCAAAACGUUGUUCAUUUUCAGUUGCCGAAAGAUCCCAAAAUAUACAUUCACAGAGCAGGCCGUACAGCUCGUGCUCAAGAAAACGGAUUAAGUUUUAUUUUACUAGGACCUGAGGAUUUUAAAGACUACAAAAAGAUCUCCGACACACUAAAAUUAAAUGCAGAUAUUGCUUCUCUUAAUAUUGAUCGUGGUUUUCUUGAUGGUAUUAAAGUUCGUGUAGAGCUUGCUAAGAAAAUAGACAAAGAAGAAUACAAGACACGUAAAGAGACAAGCGAAAAUAAGUGGAUGCAAAGAACAGCCAAUUGCAUUGACAUAGAUGUAGAUUUACAAAAUACUCAUGCUUUAACCAAACAACAAAAAAGUUCCAUAACUUUUAUGAAAAAAGAACUUAAUCGGUUACUUAAUACUCGUUUACUUCCUAAAGGAUUUUCGGGUACAUAUCCAACAAGAACUGGUAAUCUUGUUGUUCCUGGUUUGCAACACAUUGCUUAAUAUAUAUUAUAUAUGUAAAAGUAUAAUUUCAAGUAAAAUCUGUAUAUUUAAAAUUUUACCUCAUAGAAUUUUUUCUACAGUUUGAAAGCGAAA